AUGAAUGGAAACGUUCUAGCAUUCGUUCGCGAUGCAAUUGUUGGUGGUCGUGUUAUGACUCAAGACAAUGAGAAACAUCAUAUACAGCAUAACAAUGCUGAUUUUGACGCCGUAUCCCUAUACCCAUCAGCACAAGCUGAACUCGAUGGUUAUUUUAAAGAAAACCAUAAAUGGUUUAGAGGCCAAAUCCCUCCUGAUGCUGAUUACUAUAUUGCUCGAGUAAAACUUGAGUCAAUUGGUAAGCCCAGACACUUUCCAUUGCUGAAUGUUAUUGAAUUCCAGGAUGUUAAAGUUUCAAUUAUGGAAGGUAUCUAUUGGAAUGAAGGAUUCAAUAAUCAAAUUGUAACUACAAUCAAAUCACUUUUUGGGGAACGUUUGAAAUUAAAGAAAGAAGGUAAUCCUCUACAGAAUGGAAUUAAAUUGUUGAUGAACUCUGCAUAUGGUAAACUAAUCCAAAAGCCUAUUGUUAAGCAAAAGGUAAUGAUUAGUGAUAAGGUAAAGAGUCUUGAAUACACAAAUAAAAACAUCCACAAAAUGAUAUCUAGAACGCCAAUUACGGAUCAUUUAGCACUAUUUGAAGAAUAUAAGUCAUUAUCUGAACAUUUUAGUCCAGCACACUUAGGUGUUCAGGUAUUAGAUUCAAGUAAACAUAUUAUGAACCGAGUUAUGUGUUUAGCAGAAGACAUAGACGCAAAGAUAUGGUACCAGGACACAGACUCUAUGCACAUCGAUUACGAUGCUAGUUGA